CUUCUCCUCACCGCCGCGCCGUGAAGUGGAUGUUUUGGUGAGAAAAUACGGUGUCAAAAAAGGGACGUAAAUACCUUAAAAACAUGACAUUUCGACCGAGAGGAACCUAGAGCUACGUAGGAAAGUAGGGCGUCUCCGGCGGAGGUUUUUUCUGAUUAGCUGUGCACCGUAUUCCUCCGCAUGUCCGCUUUCUUCGUAGAUGGUCUCCGGCGAGCGUUGUCUGGCGGCGGACGACGAGUGGUCGACGAAUAAUAUGAAGGAGAUGAUCGGCGGCUGCUGUGUUUGCUCUGACGAGCGAGGCUGGGCUGAAAACCCUCUGGUGUACUGCGACGGACACGGCUGCAACGUGGCCGUGCAUCAAGCAUGCUAUGGCAUCGUGCAGGUGCCCACCGGUCCUUGGUUCUGCAGAAAGUGUGAAUCUCAGGAGAGAGCUGCAAGAGUGAGAUGUGAGCUGUGUCCCCAUAAAGACGGAGCCCUCAAGAGGACAGACAACGGAGGCUGGGCCCAUGUAGUUUGCGCGCUUUAUAUACCGGAAGUAGAAUUUGCGAAUGUUUCGACGAUGGAGCCGAUAGUACUCCAGUCAGUGCCACAUGAUCGUUAUAACAAGACAUGUUAUAUUUGCGAGGACCAGGGCAGAGAGAGUAAAGCAGCCACUGGAGCCUGUAUGACCUGCAACAAACAUGGCUGCAGGCAGGCCUUCCACGUCACAUGUGCCCAGUUUGCGGGGUUGUUGUGUGAGGAGCAAGGAUCGGACGCAGACAAUGUGAAGUACUGUGGAUACUGCAAAUACCACCACAGCAAAUUGAAACACAAGGAGCGGGACAGGCACAAACCUAAACACAAGAAGAUCUCGAUGGACAUGUCCCCCUCCCUCGUCCUUCCUAAUAUCAUGGUCCCAGAAAAGACCUUUAUCAGUGGCAGCUCAGUGGGCGGCGUCCCCUCUCUCCCGACGUCCUCUCAGAAGCGUCUGGAUGACGGCAGCGCCCGCUUCACCACCGCUAACUUCCAGGAAGUGUCGUCGGCGCUGUCCGGCGGCUCCAAAGACGGCCUGGCCGCGGCGGACGCUGGGAAGGCGGCUUCGUCGGAGGCGAAGAACAAGAAGAACAGCGUCCCAGGUCACGUUGUGGCACAGCGGGGGGGCCGCAAGUCUCUCUCCUCCUCAGUGAAACCCCUCCCCUCCGCCGUGGUCACCAUGGCAACAUCCUCCACAUCUGCCUCUGCCUCCACGGGGCCUUUCCACCAAGGCCUCCUGUUGACCAGUGCCAGUAAGACCCCCUCUGCCCCUUCCUCCUCAGACUUCUUGAGUUUCUCAGAUCCAUCGUUGCGUCCUGGGGGCGGGACCACCUUCUCCUCCCCUCCGUCCUUCAGCAGCUGCCUCGUGAAGCCCAGCUCGGAGGGCGGAGCUUCAGAGGGAACGGCGACACUUUUCGGCUCUUUGGUGUCCGCCACCUCCACGGCCUCUGCAGUGGGCGGGAAGCUGUAUGAGAAUUCCCACAGUCUCACAUCCAGCGAGACGCCAAGCCUCGGUGGCUCCGCUGGCUACAAGAGACCCCCCCCCUCCAGCUCAGGAGGAGGGGGAGGAGGAGCAGGAGGAGGAGCAGGAGGAGGAGGAGGAGGGGGGGACGACGGGUUGAAGAAGAAGAAGAAGGGAAACUGGAGAAACAGAUUUGGACCGUGCUUCACGACGGAAGUGAAGCCUUCAGAGACCGCUCCCUCCCUAUCCCUCCCCACCUCCUCCACCACGGCCACCACCACCUCCUCCUCUUCCUCCGCCUCCCCGUCCUCCUCCUCUUCCUCAGCGCUCUCAGGACGCCCGGGCUUAGUCUCCAGCAGUGGGUUGGGAGUGGGAGGUGGAGGAGGAGGUGGAGAGAGGGGGCUGGGGGUCAUGGGGGUCAGCACUGGGAUUCAGAAGUCCCCGUCACUCCUCAGGAACGGAGGUCUGCAGAGCAACAGCAGCUCCUCGAGCACCGGAGCAGGUGUUUUCUCCGGUGCUGAAGGGUCGACCUCGGGGUCUGGAGCUGCCUCUGUCGGCGGCUCUGAGUUGUCUGAGCAGCAGCAGCAGCAGCAGCAGCAGCAGCCCACACCUUCACUGUCCUCUCCGUCUCCGUUCACUGCCACCGCACCGCUCACCAGCACCGCCAACACACACGUGAGCGGCUCCGUCUUCAACCUCGCCCCCUCCCACAUGUUCGGUAACCGGCUGAAUCCAAACUCAGCCAUGGCAGCUCUCAUCGCUCAGUCCGAGGCCUCACCAGCAGAUCAGGAGGUGGGAGACGGCAGCAGUGGCGUCGGAGCUCAGGGCUUCUCCAUAAGAGCUUCUCCCAAGACCACCCCGCGCUCCCCCAUUGGUGGCCUGCAGAUCCGCUAUGACUCCUCGGGGUCGUUGCCGGGGCCGGCGCUGGGGUUGCUAGGGGCGGGGGGAGGCGGGGGGGAGACGCUGCCCCCGGUGGCCACCAGCAUAGAGCAGCUCCUGGAGAGGCAGUGGAACGAGGGGCAGAGCUUCCUGUUGCAGCAGGGAGCUCAGGGGGACGUGCUGGGCAUGUUGAAGGCGCUCCACCAGCUGCAGGAGGAGAACCGGAGGCUGGAGGAACAGAUCAAAAAUCUGACCAUGAAGAAGGAGAGACUGCAGCUCCUCAGCGCUCAGCUAUCAGUGCCUUUCACCCCCUCCUCUGAUUUGAAAGGGGGCCAUCUAGGAGGCACCGACUCGUCAUUUCCUGUGUCAGCUCAGGACGGAGCUUCUUGCGGGGGCCACAGCAGCAGCGGCUCCACCUCGUCUCUCUCCACCCCCCCCUCCGUGUCCCAGAGCCCCCCCCAGCUGAACGGCCGGGUGACGGGGCUGAUGGGAGCUCUGGGAGCUCUGGGAGCAGGCAGCGCUCUGGGCAUGGGGGGGAUCGUUGGGGGUCUGAACGGAGUGAUCCAAAACCCAGCGUGCCCCCCCCACACUCCCGCAGCAGCUACGAUGCCCGCUCAUAACAGCGCUGCGCGGCUCGGCCUGCUGUCGGAGCAGCACCGACUCCUCCUGCAGCACCAUCAGCUCCAACAGCUGCUCUCUGCACAGCCUUCAGCGGAGCAGCAGCAGGUGUUGCUCUACCAGCUGAUGCAGCAGCAGCAGGAGCUCCAGCAGCUUCAGUCGCUCUCCUCCUCCGCCCAGAUCCCCUCCAUGUCCUCCAUGUCCUCCGCUCAGCUGCCCAUCAACAACCAGAGCCAGAGCGCCAUCACCGCCAACCCCUUCCUGGCGAUGCAGCACGCUCACGCCGACUCGCAGAAGCCGCGGCUCGGCGAGAAGGCGCUGGGCGUGGCGGGUCAGGAGAAGACAUGACGGCAGAUGCUCUUUGUUUUUGGGUUAUUGUUUUUUCUUUUAAAAUAAAUAUGCAGAGUCUUCGGGAGGCUGUGGGUCCACUUUGUGGUUCAGUGCAGCAGAGAAACCUGUGUUCCUGCUGGAUUAUUAGCACACACUAUGGCGAGUGACGGCGUUCAUCUGCAGCUCGAGGUGUAUGUCGCAGCUUUUUCAGGAAUCAGUCUUAACAUUUUGUGCUAUUUAUGUCCAUCCAGUUUUAGUUUUUUGUAGCUUUAGUGCUGCUUCAGGUUUUUGUCACUGUUGAGGUAAUUUUGUUUCGAUAUCACUGGUAGCAACUUAGUGUCAGUAAUGAGCACAUGGUGUGUUUGAUCUCAAUAUGUUAUUCUCUAAUCUCUUCACAUCUCUCUCGUGUGUGUCACGUUCAUUUCCUCUCUUUUCGUUGUGUCUCUUUUCUCCAUCGUCCACACUAACAUCCCUCUCUGCUGUCUCACUCUCUCAGGGCCUCUGCUAACUCAGCACACAAGCUAGCACACACAGAACUACAAACAUUAAAAAAAAUAUAGCAGAAAUACAUAAAAUAUAUAUAAAAAAAGAAUUCCCCACUACAGGACUUUACAGUAGCAGAUGUGUGUUUGACAUCUGUCUCGCAGCGAUCCCGAGGGGACUAUUGAGUGAGAGGCUUGUGAAAAUAUCCCACAUGUUCUCACUGUCUCUUUGUGUAGAUACGUUUAUGUCGGUGACCCAAGCCUCAUACAGUCACCGCAGAAGCCUUUCUUUUGACUGUCUCUUCUCUGGGCCAGAUACAGGGGGCUCACUCAGGGAAUGUGAAAAAGAAAAAAAGGAAUAAGCAGCACGUUGAAUGUUCAGAGGGAUGCGUUAAUCCACACAGACUCACACAGAGAAUGCAGUUGGUUGUCAGCCUUGCAUCUGAUCUUCCUGAUUGGACCCCCUGCUGCACCUACCUCUCGAGCAGGACCAGCUAUCAGGACCUAAAGCAAAGCCACCACAGUGAGGCCAGUCGGGGGCCACACCAAAGUGCCUGAGGCCAAAGGUGGAGGACUUGUGUCCCUUCUACCCGAGUCCCUGUCACUCGGCCCAACUCUUCACAAUAGAGUGGUGCAGGAAUGAGUCCUAAAAACCCGGAAAUUAGUUAGCAUUUUACCACUUCCAGCUCCCUCCUGUUAAAGCCAACUGUUUUAUGAAUGUGUUUUUGGUUGUUAGCUUGAAAUAAGUUCUGUGGUUAACACAAGCUGGACCAGAUACAUCACUGGUUAAUUUAAAAAAAACGCGGUCGCUAACAAGUGUCUAAAUGAGACGACUAAACGUCAUCACCCAAGAUUAGCCGCCUUUAGGUUAGCGGUGGUGAAGUAAUGUGACCGUGCUGUAGUUCCUUUAUAGCCUUACGUUAUCGUUUUACUUCUCGUGUUUUCAUUUACGCUUUUUAAAAAAUCAUCAUAUCCUGCUGAACAAAGCGUAUCUGAAAUGUGUGUUUUCCACAGAUUUUAUUUUCUGCAAUAAUCCAAAAGCCAAUGGAGAAAUCCGAUUGGCAUUUUGACGAGGGAGUCUUUGCGAUGCUAACUUCCGGGUCGGCCUUCAGUAACACAUCACCCCUGCACCAGUGUAUGCUACUGGUAAUUAAGCUGCGUUGCUAAGGCAACAGAUUACAAUAAGACUCGUCAGGGUGGACGUGCGUUUAAUAAAAACCAGGAAAUAUUAUUCUGCUGCAUUCUCUGAUAUCAAAGCCAACUUUGUAUUGUGCUUUUUAUUUAUUUGGGGUUUGUGUAAAGGGCAUAAGGAGAUAUAUUUUAAAAAGCCCGCUGGUGUUGCCACCUAACAUCGUUUUUAUACUACUGUGUAAAGUUUUCUUUGUUUUGUUUCUUUCCCUCAUCUUGCUGUAAAACCCGUUUAAUGACUUCUAUCUGUGUUGUGUUUGAAAGCUAGAAGCUAUUGAUGGUUGGCUGAUUGGGGCGGGGGUGUGGCUGUACAUAGCUGUUUGUAGGGGGAGGACAUGUGUCAUCACAGUUUUUACCUCGUUAAGUGUACAUAAACCUUUCUCAUUGGCCGUUGGUGUACAUAAGUGAUUGUGAUUGGCCGUGCUGGUGUGAAGGAAAGCCAAUGAAGCCUCAGCUUGUGUGUGAAUCUUUAGGACCAGUGACUGGACACACAAAGUAUUAAUUUAUUUUUAUAUGUGCAGGGACAUUGUGUUUCUUUUUUUAAGUUUUGCACCGUUUUCAUGAUGAGAAGUCAUUUUAUACUCUGCACCGUGUUUUCAUCUGUGCACACAUCUGUUCGGAUACAUUUUAUACAGGUGGAAAAUAAUGGGAGGGGAAAAAAUCUGACAUUGUAUUUCAAAACACCAAAAAUAAAGAAACACUCUGGAUAAAACUAACAAGAG